GUGUAUAUGUUUUGUUGUUUACGGCAAAGUUGCCAGUCUAAACAGAUGGAGUCACUUGGGUAACAACCACCUCUAAAUCUGCCCGGAAAGGAACCCCCAGACAAGCUAUGUGAACUGCACCAUUUGAACUAGGAGACUACGUGUUCGUGUUACAGUUAUAAACAGCUGUGUAACGUGGAAGUGUAAUGACCUCAAUAGUUUUUGAGUGACUGCAUGCAUACACUGACUCAAACAGCUGUGAUAACUAACAAGCAGAGACUCGGUCUGCUGUGUGGCCUUCAGUAACAAUGUCUGACACGGCUGAGGACGAAGUAAGCAAGAGUAAUGGUCCCAAAGAAGUUGAUGAAGGGGGACGGAAAACCGAAAUUUCACUACUAAAUAUUCCAUGCUUGGAUAACGAAGACGAUGUUUUGCCUGGAAAUGAAACUACAGCACUUGGUGUAGCUACAAGAACGUCUUCGCCUAGCAAGAAGGUAAAGAAGACCAGCUACCUGCUGCUAACUGUCUUUUGUGGUAUUCUGCUUAGCAACAGUCUCGGAUUUCUGAUGGGUCUCAGUGUAUUCUUCGUCGAGAUCAUAGACACGUUCCAGGAGUCUCGAGCUCAGACGUCACUCAUCCAAUCAGUGUGCUUGACAGUCCUGCUUGGCUCCGGAGCUCUGGGAAGUGUACUGUUAUCUCGGUUCGGCGUUAUGAGGACUGGGCUGUUCGGUGGUGUGUUGGCCACAGUGGGUUGUGUGGCAGCGAGCUUCGCCCCGUCAGUCCUGGUUCUCGUUGUCUGCAUCGGAGCACUCACAGGCCUGGGACUCGGUCUGUUGUAUUUGGUAGCAUUUUCUGUGAUGGGAGAGACUGUAGAAGACAAAAAACUCAGGCGCUUACUUCUAACCUUGAUGAUGUUCGGAACUGGCAUUGGCGGGAUUAUCUACCCUUACUUUGGCAGCGUCUUAAUUGCGGAAUUUGGAUGGCGAGGAGCCUUCUUACUUUUAGGAGGAAUUUUACUACACGGCUGUCCGAUCACCAUGGCGCUAUGCUCGUUGAAAUCACGAAUCCAAUUAGUCGGAGGCAAAACAGACAAGCAAAGCCAACCAUGGUGGAAGACGCUGAAUUUGUCUUUAUUUAGAAGUAAACCCUUCCUCGUUGUGGGCCUUAGCAAAAUUGUUAUAUCUAUUUUUGCCAUGGGUCUCAACAUUUUCCUAGUGGACAUUGCACGAUCGAAAGGUUUCGACUCUCAAACUGGCGCAUUUUUUGUUUCCAUUAUGGGACUAGCCAGUCUCGGCGGAAGAGCCUUAUGUGUUUUGUUGCUGUUGUUCUUUCCAAAAAUAUCGAGCCUGGCUCUGUACUUUCUUACGCUGUUCGCUGGAGGGUUAUCCGUGCUUCUAAUAACAUAUGCCAACACAUACACGUUUAUGCUGGUCGCGGUGGUUCUGUACGGUAUUCCCUGGGGACCGGUGUUUCUAGUGUACCCUUCUGUCCUCAUGGAAGUGGUGGGACCUGAAUGUUAUACGUCAGCGUUUGGAUAUAUAAACACUGUUAGUGCUGCGGGGAACUUGAUAGCAAGUCCAUUGGGUGGCGCUCUAAGAGAUUUAACAGGGACGUACGACGCGUUUAUUUAUGUGACAAUGUCGGCAUCUCUAGCCAGCAGCGCAAGCCUCUUCGUGGUGUGGUGUUUCAAAAGAAGAGCAUAAAAAACACAGCACAACUAUUAUUCAUCCACAUUAGGAUCUGCUACACACAAUAUAUAAUAUACAACCCAUGCAGUGCAUAUGGAAAUACUGCUACCUAUUUUUAUGACAUAGCCAGAGGUUGUAGACUACCCAAAGCAGGGGGAGGGGAUUGGGGGCUGUUUAUGGCGAGCUAAGGACAGUUUGGAAUAACCCUUAUAUUAUAAAAGAAACUCCGAAGACUUGAAAGUAAACACCCUAAUUAGCAAGAUACAUCUUAGACCUGUGCAUAGCGUCUGGUGUAAGAAUAUUAAACAGUCGGUCAGCUAGUGGUUGUACUGGGAAAAUCACAUUCUAUAACAAAAACGGCAUUUAUAAAACUAUAUUGUAGAUAAAUAUUCUCUGGACAUUACACACGAUUUCUGUGUUGGAGAUUUUAAUAUUCACUCUGAUCACGCGCCUAUAUUCAUGUUAUUAUGAAAACCGUAUAGUCCAGCAGCCAAAUGCCAUUUUUAACUGAACCUGGAAAUUUUGUAUAUAGAUUUUUUUUAUCGUUGAUUUGUUUAGCCCAGAGUGUCCCAUUUCAUAAUCCGGUUGAUGAACCUCAGUCAUCAUUGAGCGUUUUGAGAAAUUCAAGAUGGCCGCCAAAAUGGCCGCCAUUUCAUGUCAUCGGCUAUAACGUCCACCAUAUUAAACCUAGGAUGGUGUUUCUUUCGUCUAACUUUAAAUCUAAACAACGCGAAUUAUUAAUGCACAAAUAUGAUGUCAUUUCAUAUACUGUUUCCAAUGUAUGACGUAACGCGUAUGACGCAACACUGAAUGACGCACUCAGACAGCAUACGAGAUGCAGACGUCUGCCUUUGUUGUUACGGCAGAGGAAAAUUGUAUUUUCAAUUGGAAAUUCAAUUGUGACUAGAAGUCGGAAAUAUCGACUGGAGCAGGUCCCGUAAGAAUUUAUAAUAUUAUAAAACAGCAAAAGUUAUGGGGAUGAUAUACACAAUUCACUGCAGGAAAAACUGAAUGAUAACGAUAACUUAACUGUUACAUGCCAUAGAAGUUGUGUUUCUACAUAUACCUCGAACACUCAGGUUAAACUAUAUCAUAAAAGAAAAUGUAAUUGUAGUUCAUCAUUCGGAGAUGAUCUUCUUGUGUUGCGUUCAGCAGGUUUAGCUAAUGUAGUUUGCUUUCGCAGUAAAGCAGCGAAGUCCCUAUAGUCCAGUCAUUUUAAACACUAACCCAGGAAAAAAUUGCAAACGAAUAUUUUUUAGUUUUAACAAUUAAAGACGUUCUCCCGUAACCUCAUAUCAAAAAUGUAGAAAAAUGUAAGUAGGGGAACAUUGUUUAUUUUUUAUGUAAAUGUUGGGAUAAACAGCUUUGUGGAUCAAGUCUAGAACAGUGCAAGCAAAGGGAGCAAACUCGUGAUAUUGACCGUCACCUGCCACGUCAUAUUUUGACAGCUGAGAACGAUGAUUGUAACUUUAUUAAAUAUGCAGAAUAUGGUGGGUAUACACAAAACACACUCAGUUAUAAUAGUCAUAUAUAAUUAAAAUAUACAUGUACCAAAUAUAUGUAUAUAAAUGAAAAUAAAUCAAUAUCCAGCUUA